CAGAGCUAGUUUACAGGAAAAUCACUGUCAUGCAUAUUAUACUGUACAGUACGAUUUAUUUUUUUAUUGGCUUUAAGUUUAAAUGAGGAAGCUGCUUCUAUGCCCGGAACAAAUUCUAACAAGGCUUUGGAUUUUCUAGUAUCUAAAUGGAAAUUAUGGUACUCGUGGUUUGAUAUUAAUGAAGAUGGUAAAGUCGACUUUGGCGAUGGCGAUCUGCAAAGGUCUAGGUUUAUUACCUUAAAUCAUCUAGGUGAUGACGAAAAAAAGACACUUCUGAAUCAGUUUGGAAAAUGGUGGACUGAAUGUCUUCUCUUUGGAAAAUCUGAACUGACAGAAUCUGAUUUCAUAGAGCUGAUGAGCAACAAAUGGAAGACAAAUAAAAAUGUGUUUGUAAAGAUGAUGUAUACGUGCCAUGAUAUGAUUGGUAACAUUGUUGAUACUAACAAUGAUGGAAGUAUCACAAAGGAAGAAUUCAGUGUCAUUUUGAAGUCUGGCGGUCACAACAACAACCCAAUGGAUGAAAAAUUCUUCGAGGACUACCAUCCAAUUGACGGCAAGGUUCCAAUAAGGGUGAUGGCUGAUUCAUGGGUAACACUUUUGACGUGCGAGGACAGCACUAAACCGGAUCUCGUUAAAUCUGCGAUUGAAUUCGGAGUCUAAGU